UUCAGUUUUUGGUUGUUGCGUGUGGGGCCUCGGCGCUCACAAGUCGUCGUCGUCGGGUGCUUGCCAAUUUAUUUUCUUCACAUAUCAUUUCCUCACAGCCAAAUAUCGCCCAUUGUACCCCAAAUUAGUGAACAAGUGUCAGUGAAGUACCGAAUCAUCGGUACGGUGCAUUAAAUGUGUGUUAAUAAUGUCGAAUCCCGGCGGUAGCAGGAGGAACGGGGCGACAAAGAUACGCCUAACAAUUCUCUGCGCCAGGAAUCUAGCCAGAAAGGACUUAUUCCGCUUGCCAGAUCCUUUUGCUAAAGUCACCGUUGAUGGGUCUGGGCAGUGUCAUAGCACUGACACCUGUAAAGCUACGUUAGAUCCCAAGUGGAAUCAGCAUUAUGACUUAUACAUCGGUAAAAAUGACGGUAUCACAAUAUCUGUCUGGAAUCACCGUAAAAUUCACAAGAAACAGGGUGGUGGUUUCCUGGGAUGUGUCAGAAUACUAUCAAAUACGAUACAGAGGCUUAAGGAUACUGGAUAUCAGCGUCUAGAUCUCUGUAAAGCACACACUGAUGACACAGACGUGAUCAAAGGUCAAAUUGUCGUCUCAUUGCUGUCUAAAGACAGUCACAAUGGGGCUGUUAGCAACACCGUAGGUCACAAUGCUGUUGUUGAUGUGCUCGGGGAUCUGAGUUGUCCUACGGAUUUGCCUGACGGUUGGGAAGAGAGAAGAACUGAAAGUGGUAGGCUCUAUUACGUCAACCAUUACACGAGGACAACCCAGUGGAUACGUCCUAACACACGUCCAACUACAGCGAUAAUUCCAACAACACCGGAGCCUCCAGCGCUGCCCAACAGCCCGCCGACUUCCCCCAGCAGCAGUGGUUCGCCAUCUGGUCAAACGGACAGUCCCCCACAGCCGCGUCCCCCAGACACCUGGAAUGAUAGUACACCAACGCGAACCCCCAGCCGCGAGAAUUCAGCGCAAAACACCCCUCGAAACACCCCCACUCAGACUCAGAACAGUCGAAAUACAACACCUCCAUCGGCGCGCGAGAGACGUCCGCGAAAUCCGGAGGACCAAAAUGCAAAUCAAAGCGGAAAUCGUCCGAACAGUCAAUCACGACGUCCCAGCCGCCCAAACAGAAAUCGAAAUUCCGGGGAACGAAGGCCAGAAGCUCAGCCAACGGAUCUCCCCCGAGGCUACGAGAUGCGACAGACCCAACAAGGUCAAGUCUACUUCUACCAUGUGCCCAGUGGCGCCUCGACCUGGCACGAUCCGCGAAUCCCUCGAGACCUUCCAGCUAAUGAACUGGCUAAUGAACUUGGUCCAUUACCCAGCGGCUGGGAAAUGCGUCAAACCCCAAGUGGUCGAGUUUACUUCGUCGAUCACAACAAUCGAACUACCCAAUUCACAGAUCCUCGUCUCUCCACACAAAUAAUAAACAAUAUUUUGAAGAGACAGAGCAGUGGUGGUAAUCAGCCUGGUAACACCUCAGCUCCAAGAUCUGAUAAUACAGAGCCAAUAGCCGUAACACCGAAUGCAAACCAAACAAAUCGAACCAUAACCAACAACAACUCCCCAACAGAGACCCCACCCCAGACCAUCUCAGAUCUCCCCAAGGAGUUGAUGGAGAGCGAACUCCUGCCGAAGUACAAGCGAGAUCUAGUGGCAAAGCUGAAGUGUCUGAGAGCUGAACUGAAUGCACUGCAGCCCCAGAGUGGUCAUUGUCGUCUCGAGGUAUCUCGCAACGAGAUCUUCGAGGAGUCAUACCGCAUCAUCAUGAAAAUGAGGCCAAAGGACAUGCGUAAGCGUUUGAUGGUAAAGUUCAGGGGCGAGGAGGGUCUGGACUACGGUGGAGUUGCCAGGGAAUGGUUGUAUCUACUGUCACAUGAGAUGCUAAAUCCUCAGUAUGGGCUAUUUCAAUACUCACGGGAUGAUAAUUAUACUUUGCAAAUCAAUCCUGACUCGGGAAUAAAUCCUGAACAUCUGUCGUAUUUCCACUUUGCGGGGAGAAUCAUUGGGAUCGCGGUUUUUCAUGGUCAUCAUGUCGACGGAGGAUUUACCACUCCUUUUUACAAGAUGCUGUUGAAUAAGGGGAUUACACUGAGUGAUAUUGAGGGGGUUGAUCCGGAGUUACACAGGAGUCUCACGUGGAUGCUGGAGAACAGUAUUGAUGGGGUAUUGGAUGCUACUUUCUCGGUGGAGCACAGUAGCUUUGGUGUUUUGAGAAAUCACGAGUUAAAACCCGGGGGAAAAGAUAUCACUGUAACCGAGGAGAAUAAAAGGGAGUAUGUCAGGCUUUACGUGAAUUACAGAUUUAUGAGGGGAAUUGAGCAACAAUUCCUGGCCCUGCAGAAGGGCUUCCACGAAUUAAUACCUCCGCAAUUGCUGAGGCCCUUCGACGAAAGGGAACUCGAGCUCGUAAUCGGGGGUCUGGGGACCAUUGAUAUCAAUGAUUGGAAGACCCAUACGAGGCUGAAGCACUGCACCCCGGACACACCGGUGGUCAAGUGGUUCUGGCAGAUUGUGGAGUCCUACGGGGAGGAGAUGAGAGCGAGACUUUUGCAGUUUGUCACGGGGAGUUCGAGAGUGCCCCUGCAGGGGUUCAAGGCUCUCCAAGGAUCUACGGGUGCUGCUGGACCUAGGUUGUUUACCAUCCAUGCAGUGGAUGCACCUAGUGAGAAUCUACCCAAGGCGCAUACUUGCUUUAAUAGGAUUGAUAUACCACAGAGCUAUCCUUGUUAUCAGAAGAUGUUGGAUAAACUUACGCAGGCUGUUGAAGAGACCUGCGGAUUCGCGGUAGAGUGAAG